CUUUUCUCUUCUCCUUUUUUUGUACAACAUCUUGUUAUUUUUGUGAAAUUACAAAAAAAAAAGAAAGCAAAAUAUUGUUUAACUAGUCUCAUACAUCAUGUCUUUCUCAAAGUCACAGGGAAAGAAACAAGAAGGUGCUAACGCUGGUGGACAAAAGCAGCAAAAGUAAUCUUAUAAAAGUUAUAAUUAACACCUCAUUUAACUUUUUUUAAUUUUUAAUAAAGUCGUGGAGCCAACAACAAUAACAAGAAGUGGGGCACAAACAACAACAAUAACAACAACAAUGCUCCUGCUCGUAACCAUCAGAACGACACUAUUGUUCAGGACCCUGCUACAGCCAAACUAAUGCAUGAUAGAAUGCUUUACUUACUUGGAAACUUGACCGGCUCUCUUGUUGAAGCAACCGUGAAAGACGGCUCUAAAUUCAAAGGCAUCUUGCAUGGUGCUUCUACCGAAGGUGAUUUGGGCAUUGCCUUAAAACUUGCACAAAAGAUUUUUGACCCCUCAGCUCCCAUCGACAAGGACAAAACCAAUCCCAACCCAAUUAAGAACACCUUGAUGAUUUUCUCUAAAGACUUGGUUGAAAUUAAUGCCAUGGAUGUUGACUUGUUACGGGCCGAGCCUGCAACCGCCGAUCGUCAUACGUUUAAAACAGAUACAGAUAUUAGUGGAAAAUCAGAUAUUAAGGAACGUGAAUUACACAAAUGGGCACCUGCUGAGGAUGAGAAUGCUUUAGGCCUUUUGGAAGGCGAUUUGGAAAGUUCAGCAGGUGGAUCUUGGGAUCAAUUUGCUGCCAAUGAAAAGUUAUUUGGUUUAAAGACGGAUUUCGAUGAGGAGAUUUAUACUACGACUCUCAACCGAUCAGCUCCUGGAUACAAAGACCGCGAGAAGAGAGCUAUUAAAAUGGCUAACGAGAUCCAAAAGACCUCCACCACAAAUGUGCACAUGAUGGAAGAGCGAGGUAUGGUUACCGAGGAUAAUGGUAUGGAUGAAGAGGAUCUUUACGGUGCCGUUGUCCGUAAUACGAGCCCAAAUAAAUAUGUCCCCCCUGCUCUUCGUAAGCAGGUUCCACAGCAACAGGUUAAAAAAGAAGUCAAGAGUAGUAAUAACAGCCCAUUAAAUAAACUUAUUACUUCCGAUCUUCCAAAAGCCAGUGGAUCCAAUCCUUCACCCAUUGCUAAUUUACCCACCACACGCCGUGAAUCAGGCGAAAAAAGCUCAGAAAAGGCGAAUCCUGGCCCACCCAAAAGAAUUGAAGCUGAAAUCGCAAACACCUUCAAGCAGUUUGCCAUCAUGGAAAAGGACAAACUUCACGCAAAGAAACAAGCCCUCCAAAAGAAAGAGAAAGACGGAAGAUUAGCAGAACUCAAGAUGUUUCAUCAGACCUUCAAAUUAAAUGUACCUAUUCCUGCUGAUUUAGUGCCUUUAUUAUCAAAGGGUAAGAAAGCACCGGAUUCUGCUUCCAAACCCGCUGUUGUGGAUGACAAGAAAAAGAAACCUGUCGUUGCUAAACCAGCUGUUUCAUCUCCUGCCGCCGCCGCCGCCUCCCCCGCCAUUACUCCCGCUGCUGUUGUUACUCCACCUGUACCUGCUGCUACCCCUCCCCCAGCUGCAACUUUAACGUCUACUGCUACCGCCACAUCUCCUGCUCCUAGUAACACUGCUUCUGCUGCAGCAUCGGCAUCAGCAGCUGCAGCUGCAGCCGCCACUGCCGCUUCGUUCAAAUUCAAUGCUAAAGCCUCCUCCUUUAAGCCAAAUCCUACUGCAGCUGCAUUUGUUCCUGGUGGGAACUCUGACAAGACGAACUUUGUCGGUAGACAAUUAAGGAAGGGCGAUCCUUCGGAACACCUUACGAUGACUGAAGCAUUUGUCCCUUCGUUUGUGGAGAAAGAUAUCAGUCCCAGUUCCGUAGGUCCAACAUGGCCUUUUGGUAACAAGUCUUAUAGAGUUCAAUUUAACCAAUUUGCUCCAUAUGAGGAAGAUGUUUUUACGGGAUACCCUUCUCCUCAAUAUGGCUAUGGAUACCCUCAAUACCGUUAUCCUCAAUAUGUGCAAGGCAUGCCGCCUAUGGCUGUUCAGCAAGGUCCAUAUAUGAACCCUCAGUUUGUUCAAAACGUGCCUAUUCCCGCCCCACCUAAUGGUGGACCACCUGUAAACUACAGUCCACAAAUGGGCAAUGUUUCGCCUCAUGGUUCGCCUUUUCCACAAGGAUUCCCUUCACCACAAAGAUCACCCAUGGUUCCACAGGGCAUGCCACAUCAAGUAUAUCAAUAUCAGGGAGGGCCUAUGAUGAUGCGCUAUCCACCUGAAAUGAUGCAAAAUAAUGGUGGGGGACCACCGGUUAUGAUGCAACGACCUGUUAUGGUUGAAAACAUGCAAUAUUCACCUCAUCACCAACAUGAUACAUCAGCUAAUGAUUCAGGCACAGAAACUCCUCCCGCAAAUUAAAAUUCGCCUUUCUCUCUCUCUCUCUCUUUCAUAUCCCUUCUAAACAAGACUUUUUUUUUUUUUUUAAUAUUAUUUUUUUUCGUAAAUGAUUCAUCAUCGUGUAUAUGAUUUGUGUGCCAG